GCGGCUCGUCGCUGGCUCGGAGGGGCUCGGAGGAGCUCGGAGGGGCUCGGACAGGCUGCUGUAGUGAUCGGAGGGGCUCGGAACAGCUCGUCGCUGGUUCGUAGAUGUUCGGAGAGUUUCGGAGCGGCUCGGAGGGUUUCGUCGCUGGCUCGGAGCGGCUGCUGUAGUGAUGGAGGGGGUCACAGUCGGCCAGGUAUUUGAUGCGGAGUGUAUCCUCAGCAAACGGCCCAGAAAGGGAAGGUUCGAGUAUCUGGUGAAGUGGAGAGGAUGGUCCUCCAAGCACAACAGUUGGGAGCCAGAGGAGAAUAUUCUGGACCCGCGGCUGCUGGCAGCUUUCCACAAGAGAGAACAAGAGAGGGAGCUGCUGUUCCAGAAGAAAGGGAAGAGGCCGAGAGGACGACCGCGGAAGAUUCUGCAGCCGGCACCAGCCGCCACUAAAGACAGCCGCUCCUCGUCCUCCUCUUCCUCCGGCCUCUCGUCGUCCCCCUCCUCCUCUUCCUCAGAGGAUGAAGACCACACGAAGAAGGCGAAGCCCGGUCCUCGCGUCCACCCCGUCCCCCAGAAGAGGCCUCAGAUCGUUCUCGCCAAACCCGAUCUGCCCUGCAAGAAGAAGCGCGGGAGGAAGCCGCUCCAUCCGGACCUGAGGGCGUUACGACAAGCCAAGAGCAGACCGCCUCCUCCUCCUUCACCUCCUCCUCCUCCUCCUCCUCCACCUCCUCCAGCUCCUACUCAUCCACCACGCCACCACCAGGUGCUCAGACCGCCCAGGGAGGACCCCCGACCCGGCGUGAAGAAGCCUCUGCAGCCGGCCAGCUUCACCUACACCGGGAUGAGCAGGUCCUCCAGAGAGGAGGCCGCGUCUGCCAGCUCCUUCUCCCAGACCGCCGCCUCCAAACCGGGAUCCCUCAGCUGCAUCUGGACCAGCCGCUCCAUGUCUCCGUCCUCCUCCUACAGCAAAACCGGUCCGUCCACGCAAAGUAAGAACUCUCUGUCCGAUCUGAAGCGCUCCAUCUCAGAGACCGGCAGAGGAGACGGCUACAAGGUGUCGGCUCUGAAACAAGGCGGCGGUUCGUUGGGUUUGCACAGCGGCUUCGCUGGAGGCCAGGCGGCGGUGCAGCGCACGCCGCUGAGCCAGAGGAGGCAGGACGGCGCCGGGUUGGUUCAACACAAGCAGCAGAACCUCUCCAAAGCGUCGUCCUCGCCCACGCCUCGAGACCGAGCCAACCAGGCGCUCAACCUCCGAGCUCUCAACCUGCAGAGCGUCAGCAAGCCGCCGGCUGGCAGCAGCCUUCAGGGGAACAACGCCGGAGCGGCGGCGUCCAGGUCCAGCUUACGGAGCAGCGGCGUUGUUGUAAAAGGAGGAGCGGGCGGUAUCAAAGAGACUCGAACAUCAGCCAGCGGGCAGCGCUCUGCAGGUGGCGGCGGUGCGGAGCAGGGGAGGUUAGCAGAGACUAAGAAGAUGACAGGAAGCGGCUCCGCUCGAGGGAACGGCGGCGGGAGACACGAGGAGAGGAAACACGGGCUCGCCUCUCAGAACCGCAGCCUGAACGAGCUCAGUACCGGCGACUCGGACGAGACCAGCAGCAGUGAAUCGGAGCACGACGCCGCGCUGUAUCCAAACAACAGCAGGCCAAGCCUCGGCAACGACGCCACGGAGUCCGACACGGAGACGGACUGGCGGCCGGCCCGGAGCCUCCUGGAGCACGUGUUCGUCACCGACGUCACCGCCAACUUCAUCACGGUGACGGUGAAGGAGUCGCCGACCAGCGUGGGAUUCUUCAAUACACGGAAUCACUGAUGACGCCGAGCUGAACUACAACACUUCCUGUUUCGACAGAUCUCAGGGUUCCUGCGAUCCCGGUGUUCCCGGCGCCGCUGGGAACUUCCUGUUGUGUCCGAACAGACGAUACCGUCUCUGUGCGUUCAGUAAUCUGUAGUGGAGAGAUCAAACUGAAACUGGUCAAAGUAUUUGUUGAAACAACGUAGGAAGCCUGAUGUUUAGACCCCGUUCACACCUGAUAGUAAAACACAGUCUGUGUCCGGAGAAGGAAAGGUCAAAGGUCUAAGGUCAUCAUCCAUCAUCCUGCCGUCACAGUGUGCAGGCCUGAGAUAGUUAACAAAUGAUUUGUCUUCAGAGUACACCACUUCAGAUUGUACCGUUCUCUCCGUGUGGAGUCUACAGGCAGAUACUGUCGUAGUGUUCGCUCUCUGCUGCUUCACCUCAGCUCAGUGGAGCUCAACGAGCUCUAGUGUUUAGUGGUGCACUUAAACAGUAAUAUUGAUUAUAACCUCCAGAUCCUUUAACAGGAAUAAAGUCCCUGUUGCUCAGAAUAAUCCACACACUUGUAUUCUGACACUGAGAACGUUUAGUUUAGAACUAAAAAGUGAAAACUAAAGAAAUGAAAGUCCGAGUUUAGAUAAAUCAGAAACCUUCCUGAGGAGAAUUAGACGGUGUUAAAUUGUAACUUCUUUGAUUGGAGUUUGGUUUGUUGAAGGUUCAUUCUCUCCUCUCGUCUACGGUACAUUGACAACUUCAUUUCCGCCGUGGAAAUGUUCCGUGUGGAACAUUUAGUAACGUGAUAACACGGCUAUAUCCAAUGAUGAAGACCAUGAAGGUGCAGUUGAAUAAUUGAAUAAUCAGAGUAAUUAUUGAUGAGGUUAUUGAUGAAUCAUGAAGCAGACUGUGUUUUAUUAGAAGGUGUGUAUAUAAAUAUAUAUGUAUAAACGGGGUUUAAGGACUACAGAUGGAUGUACGACACCACCUCUCCAGUGCCUCAGGUUCCUCCCAGACCACCGAGCCCAGCGAGCCCAGCGAGCCCAGCGAGCCCACUGCCAGCGUCCAGCUGCUUGUGAUGGUUUCAGUUUGAGUAGGACAUGUUGUGCUUGUCGGACCUGUAUCCAAACUAAAUAUGUGGCUUCAUCCAGGGCAGCAUGUUAAAACGAAAUAUUCAAAAACUACAAAAAAAAACCGAGUGAAGUCCGUCUGUGAUCGGUACCGUUUCAUCCAUCCGGGUUUCUGUCAUCGUCCUUCAGUUCUCUUUGGACCAAAGCUGUUAUGAAUGUGAAUUCUUCAUUUGUAUUAUUGACAGUAUUCCUUGCACUACGCACAGUAUAAAUGUAAGCUGACAUUCCAUUAUCACUUAUAUUUACCAGUUUUAUACCAUUUUAAUACAUUUCUGCCGUCACAGUGUCUUUUGGAGUUUUAAUAUGUGUUAAUUUAUAUCUGUAAAUAUGUUUUUUUUGUUCUUGUUUUUGUUUUCAUGUGAUGACUGAUAUCUAUCUGGUGCUCAUAUUGGCUGACUAGCUUCACAUUCUUGUAGCCUGUGUGCCUCUCUGCCAUUUUCAAGGUAUUUGAAAUAAAGUAUAAAGUACCUAAA